CGCCUUUAAUCCCAGCAUUCAGGAAACAGAGGCAGGCGCAUCUCUGUGAGUUUGAAGUCAGCCUGCUCUAAGAGCAAGUUCCCAGCCAGAUGGGCUACACAGUGAGGUCCUAUGUCAACAAACAAACAAGUGACCAAGUUCCUGCAUACAGAUUAUAUGCAACAUGAAAAAGUUUAAUAUCUUGAAUAAAUUGCUUUCCACAUCCUGCUAACAGCCUUGCUUCCUUUUGGUUGCAAUUUUCUGGCUCCAGUACAUACAAUGCACCCACUGAGCGCUGGAAACGAACAGCCCUACUCUCCAGUGACUUCUGGCUGACCCAAGGCCUAGUGACUCUGCGCUUUGAGCAUAAAAUACCAGGGCUUGUUGAUGCACACCUGUAAUAACAGUACUUGGGAGGUGAUGGCAGGCGGAUCAAAGUGGAAGUCAUCCUCAGAUACACAAUACAGAGUUCAAGGCCAUGCUAGGUUACUUGAGAACAGGUAACAGCAACACAGUACGACGUGCUCUUGGACAUCCAGGACUACCAAGGACUGGCAGAUGCCCCGCCCUUUAGCAGCGCCAAGCACAUACUGAGCAUGCGCCGCUCGCCGACGGAAGCCGGGAAGGAAGGGGGCGGGCCGUGGCUGGCGGGCGCGGGGAAAAUGGCGGCGGCGGCUGCGAACGGGAGCGGAGGCAGCAGCGGCAUGGAGGUGGAUGCAGCAGCCCCCAGCGUGAUGGCCUCUGGAGUGACUGGGAGUGUUUCCGUCGCUCUUCAUCCCCUUGUCAUCCUCAACAUCUCCGACCACUGGAUCCGCAUGCGCUCCCAGGAGGGGCGGCCUAUGCAGGUGAUUGGGGCUUUAAUCGGGAAGCAGGAGGGGCGAAAUAUCGAAGUGAUGAACUCUUUUGAGCUGCUGUCCCACACCGUGGAAGAGAAGAUUAUCAUUGACAAGGAAUAUUACUACACCAAGGAGGAGCAGUUUAAACAGGUGUUCAAGGAGCUGGAGUUUCUGGGUUGGUAUACCACAGGGGGGCCGCCUGACCCCUCCGACAUCCACGUCCAUAAGCAGGUGUGCGAGAUAAUUGAGAGCCCCCUCUUUCUGAAGUUGAACCCCAUGACCAAGCACACAGAUCUUCCUGUCAGCGUUUUUGAGUCUGUCAUCGAUAUAAUCAAUGGAGAGGCUACAAUGCUGUUUGCUGAGCUCACGUACACACUGGCCACUGAGGAAGCUGAACGUAUCGGUGUAGACCAUGUGGCACGGAUGACAGCAACAGGCAGUGGGGAGAACUCCACUGUGGCCGAACACCUGAUAGCUCAGCAUAGUGCCAUCAAGAUGCUGCACAGCCGCGUGAAGCUCAUUUUAGAGUAUGUCAAGGCCUCAGAAGCAGGAGAGGUCCCCUUCAACCAUGAGAUCCUGCGUGAGGCCUAUGCCCUAUGUCACUGUCUACCAGUUCUCAGCACAGACAAGUUCAAGACAGACUUUUAUGAUCAAUGCAAUGACGUGGGGCUCAUGGCCUACCUCGGCACCAUCACCAAAACGUGCAACACAAUGAACCAGUUUGUGAACAAGUUCAACGUUCUCUACGACCGACAGGGCAUCGGCAGGCGAAUGCGGGGACUGUUUUUCUGAUGAGGGUUCUAGAAGGGAUGAUGUACAGGGCUCAGACAACUGUUACUGGGCACUACAUUCCCCUUAGAGAAACUGUCAUUAAUAAAAGAGCAGCCCCUUAGCAGCCCUUCCAGUGGCUUUGUCCUACCAGCCCCACACUGGUUUCUCAAACUUGGAAUCCUCAAAGCAGCCCUGCUCAGAGGCAGAAUCUACUCACCACUACGUCUCCACUGCCUACCCACCUUUUAAUGACUUGAGGUAACCCCUUGUCUAGAUAGGCAGAAUGUGGUAGGACUGCCUGUUUGCUUCUAGUUCUGUGGUAGCAAUUUACAUAGGCCAACCCACAGAAAUGACAAAUGACUGCUUUUCCAGUCUCUGAACGGGAGGGAUAAAGAGCCUAUCUUGUAAUUAUGGAUAACGUAAACCCUUGGUCCCAUGGAAGUGAAAAGUACCAAGAGGAACAAUUUCUUUGAGUCUCUACUUCAGCCCAUCUGUGAAACUUCCACUGAAGUCAUUUCUUGUGCCAUCCUCCAUCUCCUAUUUCACCACCCUCUCAAGAGGUGGGAAUUAAAAAGAAUGUCUACAAUGGAAA